AUGGGCUCUGGCGACUCCCCCGCAACGCAAACGGCCGUCGAUGUGCCUGGCUUCCAGCCCAGCGGCCGCUUCUACGCGGCGUUCAGCAGUCUCUGCAUCGUUAUUCUGGCUGCUGCCUUAGAUGCGACUUCGCUGUCCACUGCUCUUCCGAUCAUCUCCCGGGAGCUAGGCGGCUCCGCCAUUGAGGCGUUCUGGGCCGGCACCUCGUUCCUGCUGACGAGUACGGUCUUCCAGCUGACCUUCGGGUCGCUGUCCCAGACCUUCGGCCGCAAGUACCUCAUCAUCCUGUCACUGGUUCUGUUCACGGCGGGGUCAAUUGUGGCCGCCGUCGCGCAGAGCUUCACGACGCUGCUGGUCGGCCGCAGCGUGCAGGGCGUCGGCGGCGGGGGCAUCAUCAGCCUGACAGAAGUCGUGAUCACAGACUUGGUGCCGCUGCGCCAGCGCGGCACUUGGUUUGGAUAUGGGAGCGCGGUAUGGGCGAUCGGGUCGGUGACAGGCCCGGUGAUUGGCGGUGCCUUCGCGGAGAGUGCGUCGUGGCGGUGGAUUUUCUGGAUCAACCUGCCUAUCUGCGCGGUGGGCUUGGUGAUGAUCAUCGUGUUCCUCAAUUUGAACCGCGUGCCCGGAUCGUUGGGCUCGAAGCUGGCCCGGUUCGAUUGGACUGGCGUCUCGCUGCUAACGGUGUCAGCAACGAGCCUACUGCUCGCUGUGUCGUGGGGCAAUGUCAUGUACCCGUGGUCAUCGUGGAAGACGAUUGUGCCCCUAGUCCUAGGAAUCCUGGGCCUGAUCGGCUUUGUGUGGUAUGAGGCGGAAAUUCCACUGGAUCCUAUCGUCCGCAUUGCUGUUUUCAACCAGCGUACGGCGUUGGUCAGUUACUUGGGGACGUGUAUCCACGGCAUCGUGCUCUGGUGUCUACUCUACUACCUGCCCCUCUACUACGAGUGCGUUAAAGGCUACAGUGCCAUUAUCUCCGGCGUGAGUGUCUUCCCCGAAACAUUUACCGUGGCGCCGGCGUCCAUUGUCGUCGGCGUCCUGAUCACGAAACUGGGGCGUUUCCGGUGGGCGAUCUGGGGCGGCUGGACGUUGAGCACGCUCGGCAUGGGUCUGCUCUACCUGCUUGACCCGCGAACCUCCAUCCCCGUGUGGAUCUUCCUCAACCUCGUCCCCGGUGUCGGGCUGGGCAUGCUCUUCAACAGCCUCGGAUACGCGACGCAAGCCGGCGCCCAGGAAAAGGACUCGGCCUGUGCUGCUUCCAUGUACACCUUUGCACGCUCCUUCGGCCAGGGCAUCGGCGUCGCAGUGGGCGGCGCCAUCUUCGACGCCCAGUUCGCCAUCAAGCUGCGAACGUACCCGGCCCUGGCUUCCGAAGCGGCCCAGUUAUCGCGGGAGGCGAGUGCACUUGUGGAAAUUGUGAAAGCGAUGAAUCCGGACUCGCCCCGACGGGCAAUGAUUAUAGAGGCCUAUGCGGACAGUCUGAGGGUUGUCUGGGCCACGAUGGCAGGGCUGGCCUUCGUUGGGCUUGUGACAAGCACGCUGACACAGAAGCUUGAUGUCAAUCGGACGCAUGAAUCAGAACAAUGGUUACAGAAGGGGGAGAAGUCCUUGAGCUCGGCAACUCCCGCUUGA